AUGGGGACACCUAGAAUAAGUUUCACAACACUUAGUGCUUUUCUAAUACUUGCCGUUUUAUGGAAACCCGCAUACACCGAUAAAUGUUCGCUAGCAUGUCAAGGAUCACCUUCAUCGCCGACCUUCUUAAAUGGACACACGUACAAUUACGGCGUUGACGGAAUUGUAGCAAUAUAUGUGACUGGAGUUGAGAAGCAAGAAACUAACGUGAAGCUCUUCGGUCAGGUCUCCGUGACAGCUUUAGGAAAUUGUGCCUUAGCGCUGAAGGUCAACGUUUUGACCAUAGCCGGACCGGAUGGAAAGAAACACCCUACCCCGGCCGGCAUCGACAAAGUGGUGCGCUUCAGUCUUCAAGAUGGCCGCGUUGGACCUGAAAUCUGCGCAGAGGAAGGUGACACGAGACGCUCGCUUAACAUCAAGAGAGCGAUCAUUUCCUUGCUCCAAACCGAACAGAAGCCUUCUACUCAGACGGACGUAUUUGGCACCUGCUUCACCGAGGUCUCUUCGUCUCAAGAAGGUAGUGCUACCCUGGUCCACCGUAGCCGUGAUCUCUCUCGCUGUGCUCACCGAGAACAGGGCAGAAAUGACUUCUUGACUGCCGUAUACAACCCUACAGCUGAAAUCAAGGACACACAGGUGCUUCAAUCGACUUUGAAUGUGGAAUCCAAGGUUAAUAACGGUGUACCAGAGAAAGUAUCUGCUACUGAACAAUAUCUCUAUAAACCUUUCUCUGUUGGAGAGAUUGGAGCUCGCGCUGUAGUCAACAACAGGCUUACUUUACUUGGCACCACACAAGGCGAUGCCAACCAAGGUGACUGUCCCGAAAGUCGUACCAUCAUUUUCGAGAACCCACAUGGAGCCGUUUCUGAAACGAGCAACUUAAAGAAUGUACUUGCUGUUCUCAAGGACACCGCCAAAUCUUUAAGCGUGGAAGCUUCCAGUAAAUCUGCGGGCAAAUUCGCUCAACUUAUCAGGGUCAUGCGUAAUACAAACAAGGAUGAUUUGAUGAAACUUUACUCUCAAGUCAAAGGCAAUAGUUUGGAAAAACGCGUUUUCUUGGAUGGUCUGCUCCGUGCCGGAACAGGUUACAGCAUUGAAGCCUCUAUACAGAUCCUCAAGGGUAAACAAUUAUCUGAACUUGAAGAAAAACUUGUUUUCCUUUCACUUGGAAACGCGAGACAUGUUAACGAUGAGGCAGUUAAAGCAGCUGCUACCAUUUUGGAUAGAUCUAAUCUUCCCAAAGAAGUAUAUUUGGGCGUCGGAGCACUGGCAGGUGCUUACUGCAGGGAUCACAACUGUCAUACAACCAAAUCUGAAGGCAUUGUAGCGCUGAGUAAAAAGCUGGCUUCCAAAAUGCAAAACUGUAAGCCGAGGAACAAGGUGGAGGAGGAUUAUGUUGUCGCUGUUUUGAAAGGUAUUAGGAAUAUUAAACAUCUGGAGAACAAUAUCAUCGACAAGCUUGUACACUGCGCGGCAGAUGAUAGUGUUAAAGCAAGGGUGCGAGUUGCGGCACUUGAAGCAUUCCUAGCUGAUCCCUGCUCCGCUAAGAUUAAGACCACAGCCUUGGAUUUGAUGAAGAAGAGGAAUUUGGACUCCGAAAUUCGCAUCAAAGCAUAUUUAGCUGUGAUAGGCUGUCCUUGUGGAAAGUCUGCCAAUGAAAUAAAGAACCUCUUAGAUUCCGAGCCAGUCCACCAAGUUGGCCGUUUCAUAACAACAUCAUUGCGUAAUAUUCGAUCCUCGUCAAACCCUGAUAAACGUCUUGCUAAGCUCCAUUAUGGCCAAAUUGGAACACCAAGCAAAUUUAACAUCGACGACAGGAAAUAUUCUUUCAAUCGAGAAGCAUCAUUUAACGUUGACGCACUGGGUGCUGGAGGAAACUUGGAACAGACUGUUAUCUAUUCUCAGGACUCGUUUUUGCCCCGCUCCGCUAGCCUUAAUUUAACAGCUGAAGUUUUUGGACAUAAUCUGAACAUUCUCGAGAUUGGUGGUCGUCAAGGUAAUCUUGAUCGUGUGAUUGAGCAUUUCCUCGGUCCUAAAGGCUUCCUUCGUACCCAAAAGCCACAAGAAAUAUACGACAAACUAGUCGAACGGAUGGAGAAGUCAAAACAGAAGGUCGAAAAGGGCUUGGGGAGACGUCGUCGCUCGAUCAAAACUGAAGUUGACAAUUUUGACAAAAAAAUUAAGACCGAAUCAGUGCCCUAUAAUGACGAGCUAGACCUGGACAUUUAUCUAAAGCUGUUCGGCACAGAUGCCGUAUUUCUGUCCCUAGGGGAUGAUAAAGGAUUUAAUUUUGACAACUUAUUAGAUCAACUAAUUAGCAUACUGCAUAAUGGUAUGAACAAAGUUAAAAAUUUCCAGAACGAAUUCCGCGGCCAUCUUCUUUUCUUGGAUGCCGAACUAGCCUACCCAACUUCCACUGGUCUCACGCUUAAACUCGACCUCGUCGGUGCUGCUACUGGCCGAGUGGAUAUUGGAACAAAUGUUGACAUCCGACAAUGCCUCCGAAAUCCGGAAAAUGCAAAAGUUGACAUCAAACUGAUUCCUUCCACCGAUAUUGAGAUAGCCGGUGUUAUGAUGGUUGACGCAGAUGCUAUCGGUGCCGGUCUCAAAGUGGUUACUAACUUGCAUUCUUCAACUGGUGGCCAUCUUAUAGCCAAGAUGAUUGAGAACGGCCAAGGUUUCGACAUCCAAUUCGGUCUGCCGGUUGAAAAGCAAGAAAUACUUGUUGCCUCCAACGAACUGGUGUACUUUUACGCAGAAAAAGGACAAAUGGAAGUUGUAACCCCCGUUAAGGUAGACGCUAAUACCAAAGAGUACAAGGGAUGCUUUGAUCAACUUUCUGACGUCAUUGGCCUCACUUUGUGCGGAGAAGUGUCUAUACCCUUCUCUGUCUCCGGACCCGAAGCUCAAUCAUCCAUUUCGAAGUUCAUGGCCCGCUACCCGAUUACUGGACCUGCGAAAGUCAAAUUAAUAUUAGAAAAGAAUAACCUAAGAGGGUACCAUAUUAAAGGCGUACUACGCAGAGAUUACAGAGCUGAAAAAUAUGGAAUCGAACUACUCUUUGAUGCAGAAGGCUGUAAAACUGGCCGUAUACAAUUUAAUGCUGACGCAGUUGUAUCUGACGAAGAGAAAUCAGUGAAGUUAUCCCUGGACUCACCCUUCAAGGUUCUUGCUGGUGAGGUAGCCUUGUACACCAAAUCUAACAGGGAAUAUGCACUUCAAGCCAAGGCCAAAAUAGACGCUGCUGAAUAUUACGGCAGGUUAGGAUUUGAUGUGCAUAGAGAGGGCUCAAACUCCAUUUACAAGCCUGUGUUAGAGUAUCAGGUACCUAAUAACAACGGAAAACAAGUUGUGAAAAUAGACGGGCAAAUCACUCAUGACAUGAAACAGAACCAAAUCUCAUGGAAUUUGAGAAAUAUCAACGCUCCCUUCAUCCAAUCUAACGACCCACUUGACCUCAAUGGAUAUUACAAAUCUCUAAAUAACGGAUUUGAUUUGGAUGUAAAGGGUAAAAUGGGUCAACAUACCCUGCUGCUUCUUGCUUCCAUGAAUAAUGCAGAUUUUAAACUAGAAUUCCAAAACUCUUUAAAUCCUUAUAUCAACUUCAAAGUGAAUGGUCAUUUCGAAAAUGCUAACGGGAUUGUUCACAACGAUUUCGAUCUGUGGUACAGUGGAGAUCUUCGCAACUCUCAAAAUCGUGUCACUUUCAACCAGUUCUACAAACGUCAUGAUGAUGAAAAAGGAUUUACUAUCAUCUCAAAGAAUAAAUUUGAAAUUCACUGUCUACCAUUAAGAGCUAAAGCAGAAAUGCAAAUGGACGGCGGAAGGGUAAAUAUUGAACUAGAAGGUCAAUAUAUCGAUAAAAAGGCCGAACUUGAACUAGAAGCAAGAACUUUCAUUAAGAAAGCUGGAGAUUACAGUUACAAAUUGAAGGCAGAGUUCGACCGUCAAGGUUUAGAGGCAUUUGCGAAACGAGAUAUUAUUUCUGCUGAUAAAUCUAAUUUCGAAAAUUACAUUGUUAUUAAAGGCAUUGGAAAGUAUGAAUUGUCUGGAGUAGUAUUGCACAAAAACAAGGCUAAUGAUAUGAACAUUGGUGCUAUUGGACACCUGAAAGUCUCUGGUGGUGGAAAGAACGAAGAUAUUAAAUUUGAUUUUGGCGUUAUUGAAAACGCCAAUCUCUACUCCUCGCACGCCAAACUGUCUUCAAACAAAGGCGAUUUCUUGGACUACUUGCUUAAAAUUAACCGUGGAGCCAACGCUAGUGGCCAACUGAAAUUCAUUCUGAAGGAUGCUAUCUCCGCUAAUGGGCAGUUCAAGGUCACAGACAACGACGGCAAAGGCAACGGAAUGAUCAUCGUUGAUUUCCAAAAGACGCAACGUAAAAUAAAAGGUGAUGUUAAGUUCGUUGUAAAAGAGCCCGUUUACAAUGCCGAAAUUGACGUGUUCCUCAAUUACGAAAAGGACAAUAAUGACAAACUUCAUGUCAGCACGAAUAACAAAUACACGAACAGCAAGCUCGAUUCCAAGAACAAGAUUGAGUAUGCUGGUAAGAAAUUCGAAAUUAACGUGCUACAGGAUGGAUCACUUCUUGGUGAUUACAAAACUCAUUCUAAUGUUGAAGUUGUACUUCCUACUGAAAGGUGCCUCAACUUGAAGUUUAACAGAGACAUCACUGACAAGGACAACACACUAAACGGACAUGCCGAACUCAGUUUAUCAGACGCCGAGAAGCGUGGAGGACCGGCUUCAAUAAUCGCUUAUAAGGGAAAACUUAUUAACACUAACUAUGACAAGGAAACUUUAGACUACGAAGGUCAAAUUGAAUUGAAACUCAGGAAUGGCAAACAACUUCUAAAUUCCUUCACUUUUAAGAAUAUUCCAUUAGGAGAUGAUAAAUUCAAAUUUGACGUCAAGAUUGAUGUCAAUGGCAAUCUCAUACCAAAACCGGCAACAUUAACAGCAAGUUCGACUUACAGUGAUAACGACUUAUUUGACGAUAAGUACAGGCUCAAGGCUUACUACGGCGAAAAUGUGGGAGUCGAGUUGGUUGGUGACUGGACAUUUAAGACCGAGGGUGGAGUCAAAAAAUACGUUGACGACAGCUCUCUUUCACUGCGUUUGCCUUUUGAACAAGCCCACGAUAUUAAAUGGAUUUCCACAGUACAGUUCAUUUAUCCAGAAGACAAGGGCUUUGCCGAGUUCACAGUAUCCGAAUCGGUCCUACUAAAUGCAGACACUUACAAAAUCGAUGUAAACGGAAAAGUCGGAGUAGAAAGUGGAAAUGCUGAAGCCAAGCUAUUGGUGCCUCAUCACGAUCCAUUUGUGAUGCAAGGCAAUUACGAAGUCUCUACCAAUGGUGAUUUCAAAUCUAUCAAGGCCGAUGCACAAGCUCGGUACGGAAAGAUGAGGAGGGACGUGAAGUUGGUUGUCAAAGCAGCACCACGCGAAUUUGACGCAGUCAUCAUUGCAAACGCACCGGACGCGGAGAAACUGAAGAAACUGGAGUUCAAGAUCGACAGCAAGAACUCCGCUCCCAAUACCUACAACAACAUACUGACCAUUCAAGCUGAUGACCGCGUUUACAAGACUGAGAGCAUCGUUGUAUACUCAAAAUCACAACCUCUAUUCGACUUAAAAUACACUAGUCCAUCUACGUCAAAACCUAGCAGGCUAUACGUCAGAGGUGACACGAUCAGCCCAUCACAGGGCAAAUUUGAAAUCAAAUUAGAAAACAUCAAGAAUGUGGACUUGGACGCGACAUGCGAGGGCAACGUUGAGAAGGAGAACAUCUACCUAAAGGCCCAGGCCAACUCCGCUUACUUUGGACUGAAGAACUACAAGAUAGAUAUCAGCAGCAAAGACGCCGGCAACGGCAAACGUCUCGAGUUCCAUGCCGUCAAUGACAAUAAGAACCUGAUUAGUGGCAGUACCUCAUUCAUCAGCAAGCAAGAAGGCUCGAAGACAAUAAUCGAGGGUUCUGGCUCGGUCAAGGUGAAGGACGACCAGAAGCCGGCCAACUUUAAAUACAUCCGCACCAUUCUCUCUGACGGCAGUGAGACAUUCCUGAACCUUGCCAUUGGAGAGCGAAGCUACGUCGCAGAAUCGAGGAUGACUGAAUUAGAAUACAAGACCUCAUACCUCUACUGUGAAGAGAAGAAACAGUGUGCCAACAUCGACCUGCACUCGAAGAUCAAUGUUAUUAAACCAGGCCAUAUAGAACAUCUUGUGAACGUCGACUUCGACCUCCGGAAAUUAGGAUUCGCGCCCGAGUUCGGUUUACAGAUCUCCAACGAGAUGUCUGAACUCAUGUUACCUAAGUACAGCCUAGACCUUCACGUCAACAAGAACGACAAGAAAUACCAUCUGCAUGUGUACUGCAAGCCUGAAAAUGGAUUGAUUCCUGCCGGUUUGACGGUGACCAUCCCAUCGCGAGUGCUGGCUUUCGAAUCCCAAGUUCGAUACACUCCCAACGCUGUCUUGUUCUUCCCUAUUCACGGAGAGGUGGCGCUGUACCCUGACAAGAACAAGCCCCAACAAAAGACGGCAGCCAGAAUGACCUUAUCUGCUGCAACCAGUGACUCUCGAAGCUCUGCUCUCGCUGACUUCGCAUUAAGCCAUCCCAAACUUGGCGAGGAGAUGACACUUAAAGUCAACGCAAAAAUAGACCGUCCGCGUGAUAACACCCUAGAUAUCGAAACUUCUGCAGUACUUUCACACAAUUGCUUCGGAGGCAAACGUGAAUCAAAGAUCAAACUGGAUGUGAACCCAACGCACGUGAGAUUAUUGGUCAACACACCGUUGGUCAAAGUCCUUGAGUUGGAAGGUUCAGUCGUCGUAAAUGACAAGUUGCAACAAGGUGACAUGGUCUUCAACCUCUUGGAAGGAAAACCAGUCCAAGUGCAUGCGGUAGCCAAAGACUAUCAAUAUUAUGAAUUCACGUCUGGAUACAGUGAUGAUAAAGAACGCAUGCUGUCGAUUGUUGGUCACCUGCAGCCAGAGAAACGAGUGGACAUAGCUGUUGACAUCUUGCUACCAGGUCAUAAGAAGAAUAUUGUACAUGGUGCUCUGUUCUUGCAAGACAACCUCGUCAAGAGUGACUACGGUCUUUCUAAAGAGAACUUUAACUACUUCAUCAAUGCCCUAAAGAACGAUCUGAAUAAUCUCAAAACACGCAUCAAAGACCUCGGAGACAAAAACAGCGAAGAAUUCAAACGAAUGAUGGACCGUAUCCAACCAACGUAUAAGAGAUUAGAGCAGUCUUACAAGGACGACUUGGAAAAAAUUGUUCAUGAGGUCACUAACGAUGAAACUCUGAAGGAAAUUUCGGAAGCUCUGCAUUACGUCACUCAUUUCUUGGCAAAGGUAAUCGACGACAUACUGAAAGUUACAAAACCAAUGAUGGACAAAAUCACAGAUGCUAUUGGCAAUAUUGCAGAGAAGAUCAAGGAAAUGUAUGUUAAACAGUUGGAGCCCCAAAUUAAGGAAAUGUAUGAAAAUGUUUCUGCAAUUAUCGGCGAAUUCUUCGAAGGUUUGAUCGACAUGGCUGCACACUUCUCGGCUCUUAUUAUGGACUUCUUCGAACGCCAUAAGCCUGAAAUCGAAGAACUUACCAACACACUCACUGAGAUCUUCAAAGAUUUGACAAGACUUUUGGUAGCACAGCUUAAGGAAUGGCGCGUUAAAGCUAUGCAGAUAAUCAAAGAUAUUAGUGAACAAAUAAGUGAUCUGCCUAUCAUCAAUGUCCUUAAGGAGAAAUGGCAAGAAAUCGCAAUCCCAGAACAGGCUUUAGGUCUACUGAAUGAAGCCCACAAUGCAAUCCGUCAAAUAUUGCCUACAGAAGAAACCAAACAAUUCGCUGAUGAACUCUUCCGUUACAUUUCAAAGAAACUUCAACAACAGAAGGUAGAUGAAGCGGCUGCACUGCGUGUAUUGUACGAGAAAUUCUCCAUGGCUGUGACCUCCAUGGUUCAAUUCAUCCGCACCAACCUCAACGAUAUGGGAAUAUCUACAAUCCCCAACUUCAAUUUCUUUUCUUUGUCACCAAGCUUUGGUCCAAUAUCAACUCCUACAUUCGGUGGAAGUGCAUCAUUCAGUUUUAUCAACCAACUGCUACAAGGGGAUGUACCCGAUCCGAUCGCAUUUAUCCGCGCCUACAGACCACGUUCUAUCAAUCCAUUCGACGAAAUGCCGGCUAAACUCCGAGCGGUAGUUGUGAACGGACAACACAUCUUCACCUUCGACGGCCGUCAUCUGACAUUCCCUGGCACUUGCCGCUACGUGUUGGCCCACGACUACGUCGACCGCAACUUUACGCUGAUUAUACAACUGCAAAAUGGUGCACCAAAAGCAAUCACACUGGAAGACAAGAAUGGCGUAACCAUCGAGAUUAAGGAGAACGGACAAGUGGCAUUGAAUGGAGCUAAUCACGGAUAUCCAGUUAUCGAGAAAGAUUCCUUCGCCUUCCGUCAGACAAACGGCAACCUUGGAUUGGGUUCGCUUUACGGAGUGAUGGUCUUCUGCUACGGAAAACUUCAGGUGUGCUACAUAGAAGUAAACGGAUUCUACCUCGGUAAGCUUCGAGGUCUUCUCGGAGACGGCAACAACGAGCCCUACGACGACUUCAGAAUGCCCAACGGAAAGAUUUCCACCUCGGAAUCUGAUUUCGGCAACGCGUACCGUCUCUCUGGCAGCUGUGCGGCCGCGAAGACUCCUGAACACUCUCAUCACCAGCUUCACCACAUGUCACUACCACCAGCGUGUGAGAUGGUCUUCGGAGGAAGCUCGCCUUUGCGUCCACUGUCUUUGGCCAUGGAUAUUGCACCAUUCAGACAAGCCUGCAUCCACGCAGCAUCCGGUGAAUCCGCUCAGGCAAUACACCAAGCCUGUGACCUUGGCCGUGGUUACGCGGCGUUGGCCCUGACCGGAAUGCUUCCAGCCGUGAUGCCAGCACGUUGUGUCUCCUGCACUGAUUCCGACAAGGAGAGGGAGGUUGGCGAUACCUACGAACUGAAGCUGCCAGCGAAACAGGCUGACAUUGUAGUUGUUGUUGAAACAACAGUGGGCAAUGAAAAAACAUUCAAGGAGCUGGUUGUGCCUCUCGUUUCACAACUGGUCGACAACCUAAAGAGCAAGCGCAUCGGCGAUAUCAAAGUAUACCUGGUCGGCAUCACCGCCAAAUAUCCUCAUCCCAUUGUCUACGACUCCGAUCUUAAACUAAAGACAGCCAAAGUACAGUUCGAUGACGAGAGCCGUUACGACAGAAUCGAGACGGUGAGCACUGGUAUCGACAAGAUCGACACCUUUGAAGGAACAGUGAUCCAUAUGGUUGAAUACAUUAGAAGAACUCUGGGAAUUACCAACGUUAUGGGAGGCUACAAGGGCCUGAUCGAUUUGCCUCUACGACCUGGCGCUGUCAAGCACACCAUCUCGGUAGUUUCAGAUCACUGCCAGAGGCAGGACUUAGUGCUUUCAGCAUUGCGAUCGCUCGUCUACGGAACCAUUUACAAGCAGAAUGCGCACACGCACUCUAUCAUCGCGAAAACACCUGAACUGAGCAAUGCAGAUGCAAAACUUAAAGAGGCUGCUGGAUACACGAAGCAGUCUAUUCUAAUGUGCGGCGACAAGAAGAUGAAGGACAUGGAAGCUCUCAGAGCCACUUUUGGAACACAAGAUGAAUGCAUCAACUUUGUACAAUCGGUUGACGGCUUCGUAUUCUCUUCAACAAACUACGAAGAAAUGAACCCAGGCAUGCAGAAGCAGUUCUUGCAGACCGCAGCGGGCGCUAUCAGCAAGGAGAUGCUGCGAGAGGUGCUCGUGCAAGAAUGCACUUGCACUUAUGUAAAUCCCUUCACAGUACGCUCUAUGUGCAUCAACAAGGAGAGGAAGGAAGCUGCUCGCAGACGAAAGUAA